AUGCCAGACACCGAAUUGCAUUUGUAUAGAAGCGAAUGUGGUGAUUCGGGUGGCACCAACACGGGCGGGGAUUCAAGCGGCACCAAAACGGGUGGGGAUUUAGGUGGCACAAACACGGGUGGGGAUUCAGGUGGCACAAACACGGGCGGGGAUUCAGGUGGCACAAACACGGGAGGGGAUUCAGAGUGUGUAGACAAAGGUGACGAAGGCGAAACGUAUAAGGAGAUAUCGAACUACUAUUGGACGAUCGAUGACAUGUGUCAGGACACAUACUAUGGACAGGAUAAGUGCUGUUUGUUUUGCAAAAAUAGCAAAACGGAUGGAAACGGAGAUUCGGAUGGCACCAACAAUGGUGGAGAUUCGGAUGGCACCAACACGGGCGGGGAUUCAGGUGGCACAAACACGGGUGGGGAUUCAGGUGGCACAAACACGGGUGGGGAUUCAGGUGGCACAAACACGGGUGGGGAUUCAGGUGGCACAAACACGGGUGGGGAUUCAGGUGGCACAAACACGGGCGGGGAUUCAGGUGGCACAAACACGGGUGGGGAUUCAGGUGGCACAAACACGGGCGGGGAUUCAGGUGGCACAAACACGGGUGGGGAUUCAGGUGGCACAAACACGGGUGGGGAUUCAGGUGGCACAAACACGGGCGGGGAUUCAGGUGGCACCAACACGGGCGGGGAUUCAGGUGGCACAAACACGGGUGGGGAUUCAGGUGGCACAAACACGGGUGGGGAUUCAGGUGGCACAAACACGGGUGGGGAUUCAGGUGGCACAAACACGGGCGGGGAUUCAGGUGGCACAAACACGGGCGGGGAUUCAGGUGGCACAAACACGGGUGGGGAUUCAGGUGGCACAAACACGGGAGGGGAUUCAGGUGGCACAAACACGGGCGGGGAUUCAGGUGGCACAAACACGGGUGGGGAUUCAAGCGGCACCAACACGGGCGGGGAUUCAGGUGGCACAAACACGGGCGGGGAUUCAGGUGGCACAAACACGGGCGGGGAUUCAGGUGGCACAAACACGGAAGGGGAUUCAGAGUGUGUAGACAAAGGUGACGAAGGCGAAACGUGUAAUGAGAUAUCGAACUACUAUUGGACGAUCGAUGACAUGUGUCAGGACACAUACCAUGGACAGGACAAGUGCUGUAUGUUUUGUAAAAAUAGAAGGUAA